AUGGCAAUGAUAGACAUCUACUAUAAAACUACCGAACGCUCAGUUUGUAGUGUAAAGAAACAAAGUUCUUUGGGUAAAUUAUUAAAGGAGAUUCAUUUUAUUGUUUGGGAUGAAUCAACAGUGGCGAAUAAAGGUAGUCCUGAGGCACUUGAUAGAAUUCCGAGGAAUUUUAAAAAUAAUGAUCGCCCAAUUGGCGGAGUUGUUAUUCUUUUUGAUGGUGACUUUAGACAAAUAUUUCCAGUUGUGCUAAAAGGCACUAAAAGCGAUGAAAUCAACAUCUGUCUAAAGUCAUCAUAUCUUUGGUCUUACAUAACAUCUUUGAGAUUAACAACCAAUAUGCGUGUACACCUUGGUGGUGAUAAUAAUGCCAAGCUUUUCUCACAACAUCUUUUGAAAAUUGGUGAUAGAACUUUUCAGAAUGAUGAGCAUAGCAUGAUAUACAUAAAUUCUACAUUUACGAUUUCGAUUCUUGAUCAAAAUAACUUAAUUAACAAAGUUUAUCCUGAAAUUUCUAAUUUUUCCAAUAAAUCUAAUGAAUGGCUCCGUGAACAUACACUUACUAAUCAAGAUGAAGCUAUAGAUAUCCCGACUGAAUUUUUUAACUUAUUAAAUCCAUCUGGUAUCUUCCCACACAAACUUGAUUUAAAAAUUGGUGCGCCUAUUAUUCUUAUGCAAAAUCUAAAUGCUCCCAAAUUGUGCAAUGGAACGAAAUUAAAAAUAUUAUCUUUGAAAAAAAACCUUAUUGAAGCUGAAAUUCUUACUGGCUCAGCGAGUGGUACAAUUGUGCAAGGACAGACAAUGAAAGUUGCAGGAAUUGACAUCAGCGAUCCUUGCUUCACUCAUGGAUAA